GUUCGGGCGGACAAGGCACAUUCGAAUCGCAAACUGGAGUCCCAGAUGCCAGAUCAGUGCGAACACCCUGGCAGUAUACAUCAGAAGGUUGUGGCCCAACUCGAGAGGGUCCAAGGGACUGAAGCGAAGUUGGGGCAAGCAGGCAAUAAGUACAAGCAUGCCAUCGCCGAGCUACACGAACAG